GGCAUCGCAGCGACAGACGUGAUCAGAUGAAUCACAGAGGGUGUGUGUCCCAUCGUGGUCUCGCUCGCCUCUAGCUUCACUUUGGCACUUAGUUCUUUGCCUGUGAGCGGGAGAUGGACUCCCACUUGCCCACUGUCCCGGAGGCUGCAAAGCUGCUCUGAAAUCACACCAGCGAGGCUCAGAAAUCGGUGCUACCCAAGAGCCCAGUGGUCAUUUCUCCACUUGUCAGGCUGGGAAGAUGGGCUGUCGUCGUCAGCCAGGCAGCAGGAUCGCGGUUUAAAGCUGGUUUCCAAAAGCAGGGGUCAUUGACCGUUGCUCUCAGUCAGUCCUGAGCUCAGGGUAACUGGAAGAAGGAGAAAGGAGUAUUAUUAUUUACUUCAGUACUGGGAAAUUAGCAUCUCCUAUGGGAGCCAAACUGCCAGUUUCUAUUCAUUCUUUUUUUCUCGUUUCUUUCUUUCAUUUCUUUCUUUUUAUUUUUUCCCUCUUUUUUUUUUUUUUUUUUUUUUUUCCCCAACCCCACUGGCAUUGCACACACAAAUAGCCCUGAGGCGGCUCUGCAGAUCCCAGCCUCAAACUCCCUUUGCAAAACCUUGGAGAGCUUUCUAGGGUCGGGUUUCCCAGGAGUCCUGGGCCUUUAGCUUCUCCUGCUAGUCCUCUUGUAAUGAUCUGGCAGAGAAGCUGAUUUACUGGGCUGGAUCAAAGCACCUCCCUUCUCCGGCGCCUGGCCUCCCCGGCUUUCUAGCAGCAAGCCUUGCACACCCUUCUGCAGCAAGUCCCGCUCGCAGCGUGGGAACACCCCAAACAAGAGGAGGUGGGGAGCAGGAGAGCAUCUUGUCGCUAGAGAUGUAAGCUCUACAAACUCCAGCAUCUCCGAAAGGUGACCCUGCCUUUAAACCCCCAUGUUCACAUCGGUAACGCUGCUCCGGGGAGUUGAAGUUUGCCGGAUCCGCCCGAUCCCAGGCUCAGUGGUCCACGUUUAGCCCCGUGGCCCCCAAGAGAACCAAGCGCUUUCUGGGGAAACUCCUGCUUGUAAAGGAUAGAUUUACUGUCCUGCUGAGUUAAACAAGGGAGAUGCUGGACUUCCCCUUCGCUGUGGAGAUUCAAACAAGUGACAGCUUAUUUCAGCCAAACCUCGAGGGGCAGAAGAUGACGAGCUCCGCCAGAGUUCGUAAAGCCAGGCAGGUAGAGGAGAGCAAGAUCCCGCUCCUACCAGGACAAUGUGUUAGACACCAGAGAAACCGCGCUGAAGACCCUCAAGAUGUGAGUCAGUAGCAAACCAGGCUUUGUUGCUUCUGCCAUGAGUUGUGCCUUUUGGGAGCCCCCCAGCCUCGAGCCAGACCCCACAUGCCCCGUCAGGUGUCAGUGUGCGGCUCCUGUCUCCUGCGCUGCUGGCUCCCUGGGGGUGCGGUGGACAGGCUGUUCCUUGAGUGAGCAGAAGGAAAGCCACAGUCCUCACGCGCUUACCUAAUGCCGGCUGGACACGAGCUUGUCAGCUCCAGGGUGGGGCUUGGACCUUGUGCUGUUAAACUUGAUGCUUCAGACGUUGGCUGCGGAAAGAGCCGUCAGGGCAAGUUGGGGAGUUGAGAAAUGGCCCUACGCCCCCUUUGCCAGCAGCCGUGCCUGACCUUGCCGAGUGCAUCGGCUGUUACUCACGUUUCCCCAUCAGCCACGUGCCUUGGUUGUGACUCCUCCAGGGCUGUUUUCUCUUCCCCGUGGGCACUGCGUGUCCCAUUUUCCCUAAUCCUUGUUGCUGCGCUAUCUCCUGCGAGGCUUAGUCAGGAUGCUGUAGUGCCAGGGGCUACGUGGAACCCGGCCCUUCAUCUCCACAUCCCGUUUGCAGAGACCAGUACGGGCAUUGGGGUCUUCUCGGCGCUGCCUUGUUCCUCAAAAGCCAGGCCAUGGCAAGCUGGCCAACAACAGGAGUUGGAGCCAGUCUUGAUCCUUUCUAGUUGUUUCUCCAGGUCUCUGGAGAUGCAGCAGCAGAGCUUUUGAGGUGUCUGAUGAUGGAGGCAGGUCUGCAGUUCGCCUUAGCAAUAAAUGGGAACCUUUGCUUUGACCAGAUGAGUUGAAGAUAGCCUGUUGAGACGUUAACCUCAGCCCCUGCUUGCAGAAAUUGUUGGACUUUUGAGUGUGGUAGACCCUGGACCUAAUAAAGGAGAAGGUAAUAUGCAGAGCUGUUGGGUGUUCCUUGCUUUUGGGAGGUGCUUUAAAUCUGACUGCCAGAGCUGUGGGCUGCGAGGAGCAGAAGCUGGCUGCACGAUGCUGAGCUCAGGUCUUCCUCCCGUUCUCCUGUUGCUCACGGUGCUGGAGCUGAGCUGGUCCCUGACUGAUGAAGAGAAGAAGAUAAUUUUGGAUGGGCAUAACAAAUACCGCUCCCAGGUCUCUCCUCCUGCUAUGGAUAUGCUGAAGAUGAGCUGGGACACCGAGCUGGAGGCCCUUGCUCAAGCCUAUGCAGAGAAGUGCAUCUGGGACCACAACAAGGAGAGGGGACGACGGGGGGAAAACCUCUUCGCUAUGGCCCCGACCCUGGACCUGGAAUUCGCUGUGGAAGACUGGAAUGGGGAGGAGAAAUACUACAACCUGACAACUUCCACGUGUGUCCCCGGGCAGAUGUGUGGUCACUACACUCAGGUGGUCUGGGCAAGCACGCAUCAGAUCGGCUGUGGGGCAAAGUUUUGUGAGAAGAUUGAAGGAAUUGAAACAGAGGACAUGUACCUGCUUGUUUGCAACUAUUAUCCCCCGGGUAAUAUGAAAGGCCGAAAGCCGUACAAGGAAGGACCCUCAUGCUCACAGUGUCCCGAGGGCAGAGUCUGUGUCAACUCCUUGUGUGAACCCACUGUAGAAGAGACCACUCCAGCCCCUGUGACAACAAAGGCAAGCCCAUCCACCCCAAGCACAGCCAGGCCAAAACCCACAGCCCCAACCAAACCAGAACCUGCCACACCAACCCACCACACCAAAGCCCACCACGACCACCACUACAGCCAAGCCAGCACCCACCACACCAAAGCCCACCACGACCACCACUACAGCCAAGCCAGCACCCACCACACCAAAGCCCACCACGACCACCACUACAGCCAAGCCAGCACCCACCACACCAAAGCCCACCACGACCACCACUACAGCCAAGCCAGCACCCACCACACCAAAGCCCACCACGACCACCACUACAGCCAAGCCAGCACCCACCACACCAAAGCCCACCACGACCACCACUACAGCCAAGCCAGCACCCACCACACCAAAGCCCACCACGACCACCACUACAGCCAAGCCAGCACCCACCACACCAAAGCCCACCACGACCACCACUACAGCCAAGCCAGCACCCACCACACCAAAGCCCACCACGACCACCACUACAGCCAAGCCAGCACCCACCACACCAAAGCCCACCACGACCACCACUACAGCCAAGCCAGCACCCACCACACCAAAGCCCACCACGACCACCACUACAGCCAAGCCAGCACCCACCACACCAAAGCCCACCACGACCACCACUACAGCCAAGCCAGCACCCACCACACCAAAGCCCACCACGACCACCACUACAGCCAAGCCAGCACCCACCACACCAAAGCCCACCACGACCACCACUACAGCCAAGCCAGCACCCACCACACCAAAGCCCACCACGACCACCACUACAGCCAAGCCAGCACCCACCACACCAAAGCCCACCACGACCACCACUACAGCCAAGCCAGCACCCACCACACCAAAGCCCACCACGACCACCACUACAGCCAAGCCAGCACCCACCACACCAAAGCCCACCACGACCACCACUACAGCCAAGCCAGCACCCACCACACCAAAGCCCACCACGACCACCACUACAGCCAAGCCAGCACCCACCACACCAAAGCCCACCACGACCACCACUACAGCCAAGCCAGCACCCACCACACCAAAGCCCACCACAACCACCAUUACAGCCAAGCCAGCACCCACCACACCAAAACCCACCACAACUAUGGCUAAGCCAAAACCUGCUACAGCCAAGCCAGCACCCACCACACCAACAUCUACCACCACUACAGCCAAGCCAACACCUGCUGCUACGUCAGCAAA